CUUUACCUUGACUAGUAGAAGUUUCUUCUGCAAUGGGCGACUCGUAUGUCAUAGCAAUAGAUUUUGGCACUGCAUUUAGUGGGUAUGCCUUUAAUAUCACAACCAGAGAGGAAAAAAGUGAACCACACCUGCAAAGGUGGGGAAAAGAGUAUGGAUUUGACUCCCCAAAGACUCCAACCUGCAUUUUGUUUAAUGAAGAUGAAACAUGUCUGAGUUUUGGCUAUGAAGCCAAAAUGACAUACAAGGAAAUGAGCAGAGAAGAAGCAAAGAAGUAUUAUUACUUUGAAGAUUUCAAGAUGGCCCUCUAUAGCAAAGAACUCAGCAGUGAUCUGAAGAUUAAAGCUGCCAAUGGAAAAUCUGUGAAGGCAUUGAAGGUUUUCUCAGAAUCCCUGAGAUUUCUUAAAGAAGAUGCACUGAGAACAAUCAGUUCCACCACAUCAGAUUUACCGUUCACAGCCUCCGACUUCACCUGGGUCCUGACUGUUCCUGCCAUCUGGGAUCCUUCAGCUAAACAGUUCAUGAGAAAAGCUGCAAUGCAGGCAGGUAUUAUAACAGAAGAAGAUGAGGAAAAACUGGUGAUUGCCCUGGAACCAGAAGCUGCUUCAAUCUGGUGUAAGAAGCUUCCAUCUGAGGGUUUCAUCUCUGAGAAGCACAACGCAGAGUCACUGGAUCAGUCUGCAGGGACGCAGUACAUCGUUGUUGACUGUGGAGGAGGAACCAUUGACAUCACUGUUCAUGAAGUCCUGGGUGGAGGAGCCCUGAAGGAGCGACACAAAGUCUCUGGAAAUAAUCUGGGAGGACAAACUGUGGACAGAAAAUUUAAGCAGUUUCUCAGAGAGAUAUUCACUGAAGGAGUCUGGGAUGAAUUUGAACAAAACUCUCUCAGUGCAGCUCAGAGAAUGAUGUAUGAGUUUAGCUAUCUAAAACAGGUAGAUAAAGAUGUUCAGAUCAGCUGUCCAAGAGCACUGGAAAAGUUAGCUAAAGACAAAUCAGGCACAGAAAACUUUGUUAAGUCAGAACUUGGUGCUUCCUGGGAUGGUGAUUUCAUCAAAAUCUCAAGAGACAAAAUGAGAUCUUUCUAUGAUGAAAGCCUGAAGGGCAUCACUGAGAAUCUCAUGGAAAUCUUUACCAGUGGUCUCAACAUCAAGUACAUUCUGUUAGUGGGUGGGUACGCUCAGAGUAAAGUUCUGCAGCAGCACAUUACUGACCAGUUUGGACAUCAGUGUAAAGUUCUGUGUCCUUUCAGAGCUCAGGAGGCGAUUCUGAGAGGAGCUGUAGAGUUUGGUAGAAACCCAAACAUUGUGGCUUCUCGUAAAAGUUCCUAUACUUAUGGAUUCGCUGUUUGUGAAAAGUUUGAUGAGAUCAAACAUAAGAAAGAAAAGAAAUUUACAGCCAAAGGUGUUGAAUGGAGUCGAGAUAUUUUCAGGAAACUGGUGGAAGAAGGUGAAGAUCUUGGUUCAGAGGAGACCAGAAAGUUCUUAUGUUCUCCAGCAAAAGAUGACCAGAAACAGAUGAAACUGAGAUUCUUCCGCUCAGUAAGAAAAUAUCCAGUCUAUGUAGAUGACUCUGAUGUAAAAGAGGAAGGUUCAUUCAUUGUAGACUUGACUAUAGGUAGUAAAGUCAAACUGGAAAUUAUGUUUGGCUCCACAGAGAUAACAGCUACAGGGAUCAACCAGACAACAGGGAAGGAAAAAAAAGUCAAAAUUGACUUCAUGACCAAAGACAAAGAAUGUGUCGUUGAUGGUGAUGUAGAAGAUGAUGGUAGUGUUGGAUCCAGUUCUCAGUCACAGGAAUAUAUUUAUGACGGUGCUGAUGAAACUUGUUACCAAGGGGUCACAAAAGGUUUGAUAAAGGUUUUUGUGUCAGAGUGAAUCAUCAUUGAAUCAAUAUAAGCAUUUUCCAGUGAAAGUGGUUAUAAUCAUAAAUAUCAUUGAUUAUUGGUGUCAUUGAUUAUAUAAUAGAUGAAUCCUCGCCAUAUGGUGGUGGAAAGUAAUAGACAUAUUUUCUGAGAUAUGUCAACAGUUGCAUGGAAGGGAUUACUAAAAAGCAGAUUAAAUGUUAUUUUUUACUUUUUGUGCUGAAACAGGUCUAGAAAUAAUUUUAUUUUAAUUGUUUUAUUAAAAUAAUGCUGAAGUUAUACAAGAGUAAAAAAAAUAAGGUGGAAUAUUUGCUGUGGUGGGAACACUUCAGUUUUCAGCCAACAACAUUAUUAUUGUGCAAAAUUUUGUGGUUUGUAAUAUCAGCUGAGUUUAAAUACUCAGCAUUAUGAUCUUUGAAAGAUAAUUAAUCACUGUUUGUGGAAUAUGGUGCAUAUAGUGGAUCCUGAUGGUGCAUUUAACUGCUUCUAAGAAACGCGUAUGACCAUUUCUGGUUCACAAAGGUUUUUUUUUUUCUUUUUAAUUGCUAUUUGUUUUACUUAUUGAUGGUUAAUGACCAAAUCAAAAUGAAUCAUAACUUUGAAAAUAACCU